AUAAUGGUAGAUUCUCCUGCAUGUUCGAGGAAGCGAUUAUUGACAAGAACAGAUUCCAUACGCUUCGUUCCUUCAAGAGGAGGAGCUAUGAUUUUUACUUACAGUUUCACCUUUGCUUCUAUUUUGUUUAUGCUCUUCCUUGUCAAUGCUUUUCACCCUUCUAAUAGACAUCAUUUUUCUAAAGUUUUUUCUCACAUUUUCAACAACAGCUCUUCAUUCUCCCCACCCCCUUCUUACACCCCUCAAUAUAGCACCAAUGAAACCACUACUCAUGAUAAAACUUCACAUAGUUCUAAUAAGGAUACUGAAUUAGUGGUGAGUUCUCGUUCCUCUUCUCAAAUUUCAAGGAAGGAAGGUUCUGGUCUUGCACCGAAGCAAAGUAACCAAAAUGAUGGCCAAUUGUUUCCACAAAUUGCUUCUACAAUCAAACCGCAACAAGACAAGUCUUUUGCACCUAUGCCUUCACCAAAUGCCAGAGUGGAUUCUAAAAAUGUAAUACAAAGUGAUGAACAUUUGAGGAACAACUGUGAUAUUUAUGAAGGGUCAUGGGUUUUAGAUGAUUCAUUCCCACUUUACAAAUCUGGGUCUUGUCCUCAUAUUGAUGAGCCUUUUAACUGUUUCCUCAAUGGUAGGAGAGAUAAUAAGUAUGAGAAGUUCCGGUGGCAACCCAAGAAUUGCAACAUGCCAAGGUAUAUAUGAUGAUAUCCCGACAGGAACGUCUUUUCCCAGCCCCAAAGUCACUUCGGAAAUAUCUUCUAGAAAAACACAGUUUUAUGCCGUCCAGAAGCAUAGUUUCAUAC